AUGCCCAGCGCUGGCAGCCCCCGCAGCGUGCUGCAGCGCCCCAGCAGCGAGGUGGAGAGAGGGCUGCGUGUCGUGGUGCUGGGAGCGGGCGUUGCCGGCGUCCUCAGCGCCCAUGUUGCCUGCCAGCACGCACACAGCGUUUGGCUGGUCGAGGGAGACAGCCUGGCGGCUGGCGGAGGCGAGGCAAGUGCGGCGGAGGAAAUUAUGAAGGUGGCCAGGCAGCGUCGCGGCAUCCCGCAGCUGGCCCACCCCCACACCCUGGCCAUGGGCGGCCUGGAGGCCAUGGAGGCUCUGCUGCCCGGCUUCAAGGAGGAGAUCCUGCGCCGGGGCGGAGUGGAGCUGGAUCUGGCUCGGGACCUGCGCUUCUUCGACUUUGGAGACGUGUAUAAGCGCGCCGACGACAGCUGCCUCAAGAGCGUGGGCGCCUCCCGCGCCCUCAUCCAGGCCACCCUGCAAGACGAGGUGCUUGCCCGCAAUGCCGGCAAGCUGCGUGUGAUGGACGGCUGCCGCGCCUCGGGGCUGCUGUGGAGCGAGGACAAGAGCCGGGUGCUAGGCGUGGAGCUGAGCACCGGGGAGCGGCUGGAGGCGGAUCUGGUCAUUGUGGCCUGCGGCCGCUCCUGCCUGCUGCCCCAGUGGCUCAAGGCGGCCGGCCACCCUGUGCCGGCAGUCCUCAAGGUCAACGCGGGGCUCACUUACGUGGGGCGCCUGUACCGCAUGCCAGAGGACUGGGACAAGAAGCGCUGGCUGGGUUGCAUCACCCUGGGCAGGCCUAACGGCAUCUGGGGCGCCGGCAUGGUCCCGGUGGAGGGCGGCGUGUGGCAGAUGGUUGAGUGGGGCUACGAGGGCAACGUGCCGCCCAUGGAGGAUGCAGCCUUCCUGGAGGCGGCCGGCAGGCUGCCCGACACAGAGAUCUACGAGGCCAUCCGCCGUGCCGAGCCCCUCACCCCGCUUGAGAAGUACGGAGGCGCCUACAACAUCUGCCACAGCUGGGAGAAGGUGCCGCCGCCGCCCGGCGUGCUCGCCAUCGGCGACGCCGUGUAUGCGCAGGGCAUGAGCGUGGCCGCCAAGAGUGCAGAGGCGCUGGAUGCGGCCAUGGCGGCGGCCCUCCCCGCCGGCGGCAGCCUGGAGGCACGCCGCGCUGCGGCCGCGGGCAUGGGCCGCGCUUUCCACCAGCGCCUGGCCGCCGUCAUCGCGCCCGCCUGGAUGAUGGCAACCUCGGAGGACCUCAGGUACCCGGGGACCAAGGCGCAGGGCGUGGUUCCGCCGCCCCGCCUGCUCUCCCUCUACAUCGACUCGCUCUGCAAGGCCUCCCACCGCUCAUCCAAGGUGAUGGAGUUGUUUUUCUGCAUCGCCCACCUGGUGAAGCCGCCCCACUACCUCUUCCACCCGCGCCUGCUGGCCGCGGGCAUCCAGCAGAUGUUGCGCGACGCGCUGCAGGCCCUCUGGCCCGCGUCCCAGCCGACAAAGGGCGCCCUGAAGGCGGAGUGA